GAGGAGCCAAUUGCUGAGUGCUGGGUAACACCCUAAUCAGGUGAGAGAAACUGCACUCAUGGAAUUAUAAGUGGCUGCACUUGGGAUGUUGAUCGUUUGACAACAGGACUCCUGGCCCCAUUCCAUGGCUCUCCCGUCAGAUCAUACCUGUGCCAAUGGCUCUCUAGUUGCAUUAAGCUGCCCGUCGCGCCAGGUGCUGUGCCGGAUCGAGAUCGACCUCUCCAUAAAUCAGAACCUGACGUUGGACAAUGGCUUGUCGCCUGCUGUAAGGCAAAACUAUGACUUCCUUGUCGGUUUGCUGUUGGCCGUGCUGUCCAGCCUCCUAAUUGGCACCAGCGUCAUCCUCAAAAAGAAAGGACUCCUUCGUCUGUGUCACCAGGGAGGGACGCGUGCAGGUGCUGGUGGACAUGGGUAUCUGAAAGACUGGAUGUGGUGGGCUGGACUAUUAACAAUGGGGGGAGGCGAAGCUGCCAAUUUUGCUGCUUAUGCGUUUGCACCUGCCACCAUUGUGACUCCCCUGGGGGCGCUCAGUGUCCUGAUCAGUGCUGUGAUGUCCUCAUAUCUUCUUGGAGAGCGUCUGAAUCUCUUGGGGAAGUUGGGGUGUACUCUCAGUGUCCUGGGGAGCACUGUCAUGGUCAUCCAUGCCCCUGAGGAUCAAGAGGUCACCACUUUAGAAAGCAUGACCCUCAAGCUGAAGGAUCCAGGUUUCAUAGCUUAUAUCGUUCUUCUGCUGGUCUGCUGCUUGGUUCUGAUCUUCCUCCUUUCCCCUCGUUAUGGCCACACCAACAUCCUUCUCUACCUGGCAAUCUGCUCACUUUUGGGUGCCUUCUCUGUGUCUUCUGUGAAAGGUUUAGGAAUUGCAAUAAAGGGCCUGAUCUCUGGACAGCCUGUUAUCACUCAUCCUCUGCCCUGGAUCCUCAUCCCUAUCUUGAUCUUAUCAGUGGUUACCCAAGUCAACUACCUCAACAAGUCUUUGGACGUGUUCAACACCUCAUUGGUUUUCCCCAUCUACUAUGUGCUGUUCACAAGUGUGGUUAUAGCCACCUCCCUCAUCCUCUUCAAGGAAUGGGUUUCCAUGUCUGCCUUGGAUGGGGUUGGAGCAGUCUGUGGUUUUCUCAUCAUCAUUUUAGGGGUCUUCAUGUUGCACGCUUUCAAGGACCUAGACCUCAGUCUGCAAAGUCUUCAGCAACAACUGCAGACACCCCCCCCUUUACCUCCACUCCACUUCUCCUCAAAGGAAGACAAGAUUUCGUUGAUGGACCAUAUGGAAAUAGAGGCCAUAGACGGCAAACCGAAGGUCUUUGUCAUUUACACUUAACAUUGGCCAAGACAUUUUAGCCUUCAAAGCUAAUGGAUUUAAGUUUUUAAAAGACACUAUGUACAGAAACUGUGAUGGAAUACGUGGUUGCUUUAUUCUGUUGGGUCGCAAAAAGCACAGAAAGACCACUAUUGGAGAUCAUCCCCCUCUUUUUCAAAUGCUAUAAUGGAAACCAGUUGGACAGUCUAUGUCAUAGCCCACAUACAAAAGCUUUGAUUUGCUAUGAAUGACAUCAUUCUGCCAGGAGCAUUUGUAAAUGUAUUUAAUUGUUAAUUCAGGCCAUAUUCUGUAUUGGACCCUCAAAUACCGCAGAGUAUAAAGGCAUAUCCAUUGGGUAUUGGUGGGUCGGUAUCUCAGUGAAGGUUCUCUUGUUAGAAUUGAACAUGUUGCUUGGUUUAAAUUGAACGGAUGAGCAUUAAAUGUUAUGCUUUUAGCAGAAGGACUGGAAUAAUAUGCAUAAUAUAUCAUGGCUAGCUGCUCUAGGUAUUGGGCAUUAAAAUGGGGCACAAAAUCUCUUGCUAGCUUGAUCUUUGCUUCAGCCAGAAUACCCGAAGAAGGAGCCUACCAUCUCCUUGUCCAGCCAUUACUAAUAUUUUUGUCACUAUUUUGUAUUUUUCUGGAUAGCCUUGAUAUCCUGUAUAGUUUUUUAUAUAUUUUUUGCUGUCUAAUUACUAAUCUAUUUUUAAAGCACUGUCCUUUUGUAAAGUAUAAAACCUUCCUUUUUUUUU